UGGAAGAAGAUAAAAGAGAAAAGAAAAAAAAAGAGAACAUUUGAGGAUGAAAAUGAUGAGUUAGCAAAGAGAGAUAAACACUUAGAACUAUUGUGUUGUUGCUGUUGUUGUUAGCUUUGUGAUCUUUCUCUCUCUUGAUUUUUCUUCUCUCUCUCUAGGGUUCCAAGUUUUGAACUUGAGAACUCUCUCUUGUUUUUCACAAAUUUGGCUGCACUUGGGUACUGACCCAGAAAAGAAGGUUCAACAGGUACCUAAGAGAAGGAAGGGGUGGAAAAAAAUAGAAACUGUACGUAUGAAAGAAGAAAUAAAGAAAUAAAUAAGAAAAGGGUAAAUUUUGAAUAAGAGUGGGGAAUAGAAUAACACAAUAAUAGUAUUAAUAUUGAUAAGAAUUAAGUGGGAAAACAUGGGGAGGGGAAGAGUGGAACUCAAAAGGAUAGAGAACAAGAUAAACAGACAGGUAACGUUUGCAAAGAGGAGAAAUGGCCUUCUCAAGAAAGCCUAUGAACUUUCUGUUCUUUGUGAUGCUGAGGUUGCCCUUAUCAUCUUUUCCACCCGUGGCAAGCUUUAUGAAUUUUGCAGCAGUUCAAGCAUGCUCAAAACACUUGAAAGGUACCAAAAGUGCAGCUAUGGUGCAGUUGAAGUCAGCAAACCUGCCAAAGAACUUGAGCAGAGCAGCUAUCGUGAGUACUUGAAGCUGAAAGGAAGAUUUGAAUCUCUUCAGAGGACCCAAAGAAACCUUCUAGGUGAAGACUUGGGCCCAUUAAAUACCAAAGAACUUGAGCAGCUUGAGAGGCAGCUAGAUUCAUCUCUCAAGCAAGUGAGGUCGACAAAGACUCAAUUCAUGCUGGACCAGUUAGCUGAUCUUCAAAAUAAGGAGCAGAUGUUGGUAGAAGCAAACAGAGCUUUGACCAUGAAGCUGGAUGAAAUCAAUUCAAGAAACCAGUAUAGGCAAACAUGGGAAGCUGGUGAUCAAAGUAUGUCUUAUGCUACUCAGAAUGCUCAUUCUCAAGGCUUCUUCCAGCCAUUGGAGUGCAACCCUACAUUGCAGAUAGGUUCUGACUACAGGUACAACCCUGAAGCCUCAGAUCAGUUAACUGCUACAACUCAAGCUCAACAAGUUCAACAAGUGAACGGUUUUAUCCCUGGAUGGAUGCUUUGAGCUGAGCUAAGUAUUUAGCUGGCUACAUAAAUAAAAUUUAGCAGACACCUAAGGUCAAAGUCAAAAAAUGCCUCUUUGGUGUUGGAAAUGUGUAAAUGCUGCUUGUGCUUCUGUUAUUUGUUUUGGCAUAAAAACAGCAGUGACUGACUUAAAACUAUUAAAACUUUAGCCAUUGACUUUUGGCUUGUAAGAAGGUUACACUAUGUUGAAUAUCUCUGAAUGACUAGUGUUAUCUGACUGAAUCACCAGUUAAUGCCAUUUUUCUUUUGCAAUCUGCUUUAAA